AUGGCGGAGGAGAAUGGUGAGAGGAAUGAGGAAGUGCCAGAACUGCGGACUUUGAUUCAGAACGAGUUUCAAAAGCAAUCGCAGAUUUUGGAGACCGUCGUCACCGAGCUGAGACUUCUCCAGUCCGUCAAUCAAAUCCAGCUGAUGUCAGAUGCCGAGGUGGAAGAGGUGGAAGAGGUGCACCAUCCGAAACCUGAAGGUGCGCGACCCAUGGAAAAGAUUUUGGACUUCGAACAGGAAGAGCAUCACCCAUCACCACAUAAGAAAGCCAGCAGCCGAAGCAGCGGGCGGCAGAGCAAUCGCCAUUUUUGGGCUGCUGAUGGCCAUGGACAGGUCAAAAAAGCAGCGCUGGAAAGAGAUGACAGCUUCCUGAAAUCAGGACCCUGUUUCAUUGUGCAGCUGAAAAAAAUCGUGGCAUCUGCCGCCUUCACCUAUACUAUCCUUGGAUUGAUCAUGGUGAAUUUGGUGCUUCUUGGAAUUGAGGUAGAUCUCGGCUCUGUGAUGCCAUAUGGACAGGCACCUCGCUGGUUCUAUGAAAUCAACCUUAUUAUCGUCAUAAUCUUCACAUGCGAAGUUCUCGCAAAGAUUCUCCUCUUUGGCUUUCGCCACUUCUUCUGUGGAAAUGAGCAAUGGUGGAAUAUAUUUGAUUUUGGAGUUGUCAUGCUCUCCGUCUUGGAGCUGCUGGUUGAGUUCUUUGUCAGUACUAUCACUCAGGAGAUGAACAGCAGCAAUUUGAGAGUCAUGCGUUUCGUGCGCUUGGCCCGAACCCUGCGUGGGGUGCGUGUCAUUCGAUUGCUGAGAUACAUUAGUUCCCUCAGGACCAUUGUUUUUUCAAUUGUCAGCACCUUGGGCUCGCUCUUUUGGACCUUGGUGCUGCUUCUGAUGCUUUUUUACUGCUUCAGCGUGAUCAUCACCCAGUCUGUGGCGGAUUAUUGCAGGAGUGAGGAGCACUACAGAAAUAUGCCCUGUCCCGCUGAGCUCAAACGGCAUUGGUCAAGUAUAAGCGAAUCCAUGCUGACGCUCUUCUUGGCCAUCUCUGGUGGGCUGAGUUGGGAGGAAGCUUUGAAUCCUCUCAGGGCCGUUGGGAUCACUGCCUUCGGGGCAGUGAUUCUGUACAUUGUUAUUGCAGAAUUUGCCGUGAUGAAUGUCAUUUUGGGAGUGUUUUGCAACACUGCCAUUGAGAGCGCUGGAGCUGACAGGGAAAUUGCCAUUAUGAAACAGAUGAAAAAGCAGGAGAAUCAGAUGAAAACCCUCAAGGAGAUUUUCAACGAGAUCGAUUUGGACUGUUCCAGUGAGAUCAAUCUGCAAGAACUCAAGGAAGCUUUGAAGAGUUCGAAGUUGAGGAGUUUCAUGACAUCAAUUGGAAUCAGCACGGACGAUGUCUGGACACUCUUCAUGACAGUUGAUACUGACGGGAGCGGAGAGAUAUCCCUUGACGAAUUUGUUCAUGGAUGUAUGCAGCUACAAGGCCCAGCGAAGGGACUUCAGGUUGCUCGCAUGAGCUAUGAAAACACAGUCAUGAGAGGGGAAAUCAAAAAAAUCCGUGAGGAAGUGGUACACUUCCAACAAGAGAUGAUGCACAGAACGUCGGUGGCUGCCCCUGUCAUUAUUAGGGCUCGGGCAAGUUCAAGUUAG